CUGAUGAAGAUGAAGGAGCUGCUCCUCGUCCUCUCCUGUGUCCUCGGUGUCUCUGCUGAUGCUCUGCACGGGGACCUUCACAUUGUUGGCUGCUCAGACUUUGAUGGAGAGGACAUGCGUGGACUGGAUCGUGAAGAGAUUUGGUACGCUGACUUUGACAGAGAAACAGGAGUCUACCCUCUGCCUCCUUUUAUUACUCCGAUCAGCUACGGGGAAGGUAUUUAUGAAAAUGCUGUGAAUAAUUACCACGUCUGCAGAAACAACCUGCGCCUCAGUCGGGAUAAUAUGAAGGACCUCCCUGCCCAACAUGAUGCUCCUUCAGGUGUGAUGAUCUACACCAGAGAUGAGGUGAAGUUUGGAGAGAACAACACUCUCAUCUGUCAUGUGACCGGUUUCUAUCCUGCUCCUGUCAGAGUCUCCUGGACCAUGAACGGAGAGAAGGUGACUGAAGGAACCAGCAUCAACGUUCCCUAUCCCAACAAAGAUGGGACCUUCACCCAGAUCUCCAGACUGCAGUUCAUCCCACAGCUGGGAGACAUCUACAGCUGUACAGUGGAACAUCUGUCCCUGACCCAACCAAGGACCAAGAUCUAUGAUGUGAAGAAGCCUGAGAAGCCUAAGCCCAGUGUUGGACCUGCAGUGUUCUGUGGACUGGGCGUGACCAUCGGCAUGCUCAGUGCUGCAGCAGGAACGUUCUUCCUCUUGAAAGCAAACAAAUGCAUCUGA